GAUAAAAAAAUGUAAUCCCCAAAUAUAGAAAAAUAGUCGCAUAACACGUAGUUUAUAUUUUCAAAGUUAGAAACUUUUAAUUAAAUUUAUUGGACAAUAUAUAUGCACUUUUUUGAAACGAAUGAAUAAAAUUUACGGGAUAUGCAUAACGAGAAGAGAUUAGAAACCCAUAAGGCGUGAAUAUACACAAUGUACUUUGAUUCAAUAUAAAAAUGUAUUAAAAUCCUUGCUUUGAUAAAUCAUUGAUAUUUUAACUAAAUAAAAAUAAUUCGAUUACUCUAAUAUCAUGGAUACAAUUACAUAAAAAAAAAAAAAAAUUCUCCGAACAACUUACAAACACCAUUAUAAUUCUCAUAAGCAUCGUAUACCAGAAAAUUACCUUUCUCCAUAAAUCUGUUUAAACACCGCAAGUUCAGAUUUCACGUUCUCGCGUGCCUGUUGCGCUGCAACGCGCGUGUAUGCAUACUCUGGAGCGUGAUGUGCACACACGACACGCUCGAUCCGAGUCUCGCGUUACGCGAACGACGAAAGAAAAAGCCUGGUCGGAUGUCAGAAUUUUACGGCGACAAGAGGCUGGCGGAGUCUGUUUCCAUGGAUCUCGUGUACGAAAACAGGGAAAGGCACUUUUUAAAUUCGAGAAAAAAAAUCGCGGAACAUCGCGUGCGGUUAGCAAUGGCCAUUCGUGCGUUGCGAUUGGUCGACGCUCGCACGUGCGCAUAACCCCUUUUUCGGACAACGAUGCAAAGGGGCUCGAUGCGCCGUGCUCAGUCGGUUUCGAUCCUUGUAGGAGGGAGGAUGUUGUCCGCUCGUUUGCCGGCGACGAAACGUCAAGCGAAGUUCGGUUAACGUUUCUCGCUUCCCGACAUCGAAAAUAUUAAUUGUUAUGGGACGAUAGGGGUACGCGUCGGAUCGUGUCGGAUAGUUGGACGUCGAGAAUCGAACGUGGUAACGUUAUCGCAAAUGUUUAUUACGUGGUAAGAGCCAGUGCACGGACUGAGAACACAGAAGGGUUCUUCGCGAUUGUGCGACGUUUACACGUGCGUUCCUACGAUAUAUAUACGAUCAUCGAUCGAUUUGGCGAGUUGGUCUGUCAGCAGGGCUGCGGUUCGAAUCGAGUGAAAAAUGAGAACUACAUCGUUGCUCGCUCUCGUUGUCUGUCUGCAGUGCCAUAUCGCUGGUAUCGUAGCUGUUCCAGCAAAAACGACUGGGGAAGUUCUUCUCGGGGAAGUAGACAUAGCGGUGCAAGAAGAUGGUAGGAAUGAAAUAACGACGGAAGAAUCGUAUCCGAAAAAAUGCAUCGUCGAUGAGAAUACGUAUUCACACGGGCAGACGAUACCGUCGUACGACCCGAACUCUCAUUGCAUGUGCGUCGCCGGCGAGGUGUAUUGUUGGUGGCAGAAUUACAAUCCGAGCACCGACCCCUCCGCCGGCCCCUCGUUCCUCCCAUCGACCACGAUAGAAAGUAAUUACACGCCGUCCCUGGAAGGAAGCACGGACGCCGUAGACAGUUUCGAAGCUUCCGGUGAUCCAGCGCAGGAGGCAUCGCUCGAGCAACAACAGGGAUACGGGGAGAUUAACGCGACCUAUUCCUCGACUACAUCGCAACCGGCCCCAACUACGUGUCUCGUCAUGGGAAGGGAGUAUCGCGAGGGCGAGUUGCUCCCGCACUCGACCGGGAACUGCAUCGAGUGCAGCUGCGGAUCCGAGGGCCGCGUCGAGUGUUCGCCGCGGGACUGUGUCGCCCUUCGACCCGAGAUACCAGUUGCACCGGAUAUACCGGACGCACCGGAUGGCGAUUUCGAAGUGUUCAACCUCGCGAGGGACCGAGGGAUCGACGAGAGCUUUUAAAGUAUUCGAUGAAGUCGAUCGUCGCCUGUUCGAAGGAUCGAGACGCGAGCUACGUUUCUAGAUCUUUAUUCUUUAUUGGGGAAUUGUCGAUCGAUAUGAAUUAUCUAUCAAUUGAACAGAACAUUUAAUCUGAUUUUUAAAGAUCGAAUGUAAAGAGAAAUUUUCGUGAGAAUGUGAUAUGUUUUGUGAGUUAUACAAUGUAUAUAUAUUUCGAAUAGUUUUUUAGUAAGGUUGGAAGUUUAUUCUAAUGUGAUAAUUAAAUAUUUAUUUCAUUUAAUAUAAUAUAAGAACAGCAAUAAUUUUUCUAAACAUAGUUUCGAGACAUAUCGUAUGUGUAUAUUAUUAUUGUAUUAAAAAAGUAACAGAAAGUACAAUUUCUUCCCACGAUUACUUUCAUAUCGAUCAACAAUAAUAAUAAUGAUUUUGAUAAUAAUUUUAAUAAACGCUUAUCGAGUUCUCAACCGUGUAUAAAAUUCUUCCAAUCACGAGAAACAAUUAUAGAAACAUUUGAACGGGAAAAAUAUUCCAAAUGAAUACGAUUACACGGUUGAAAAAUCUGUAAGUAUUAAUUAGUUCAAUUUAUAUAUAUAUAUAUAUAUUCUUAUUCGUGUUCUCUCGAGCUUCUUCCCUCCCUUUGUUCCGGAAUGAAAGAGUUUCCGGUCGAAAGAGAACUCGUGAAAAAAUCGAUUAUCGAUAAUGAAACAAUAGAAACCUUAAACGCUUUCUUUUCGCGCACCCGAACGAUUAAUCGAGGCGUAAAUAUAAAGAGAGAGAGAUAGCUCUUAAUUGCAAGGAAAAUUAUUAUCCAUCUAUCGAUGGGAAUCACAACGAUGAUUAAAAAAAAAAAUGACCAAUGAUUCUAUUUCCACGUGGUGAUAAUUAUUAUUAGAUUAAAUUGUGGCCGAAUAACGUAUUUAUGUUCGAUUUAACCAUUCAGCAAGAUCGAUAGUGGGACACUAAUUAAGUCAGGGAUGCUCUUCCGGCAUUCACGAGCAAAGUGUAAUUUUAUUACCCUAUGGGGUUUCUAAACGUUUCAUUGGCGUGGGCCUAAUUUAUCAAAAGAUGGAUCUUGGCCACGAUCCAUCUUGUAUCGAUUCUCGUCUGGCCUCUAUCGCGUUAUAAAUUUCAUUUCUCUGUGUAGAUUAAUAUCGAUGAUACAUCGUUACAUUAUUAUCUAUCAACAGAUUUCGAUGCGGUUAAAAUUUUUAUAUCGUUAUUUUUCGAUAUCGUUAUUUUCCAAAUAUUUAUCUAUUGUGCAAGUAAAAUUAAUACUGAGAGAAGAAAGUAUAUUUAUUUAUAUAAUUUAUGUAAUUUGCGUAAAAAUCAGCAGUCUAAUUAUCGCGUAAAAAAAAAAAAUCUCGAAAGAAUGUUCCUCAGCGCCACGAAAGUACCAAACGAUAGAUCGAUAAGUAUUAGAUUGUACUUGUUACAUAAAAAUUUUCGCUUAUUUCGAACAUUUAAUAUUUCCUUUCAAAAUUCAAAAAGUAUUUCUUUUAGGUUCCAAAGUCGAGACUCGCACACUAAGAUAGAUCCUCAAACGAAAUAAUUUUUCUAACAGGCGAUCUAUCUUCACACGAAUCCUCGCGACGAUCGUCAUCGAGUAACGAUGUGAUCGAGGCAGAAUCGAGGAGCUUGCAGCAAAAAGGAGGCAAAUUCAUUUAGAGGAGUUACGUAAUAAUUUUAGAGAAAUUAAAAGAAAUUGCUUAUAAUUAACUUAUGCUAAUUAGUAGUUAUUGAUUUCCCAAGUCUUUAAAAACAAUUUAAAAUUAAUAGAAAUUAAGUCUCAGAAUAUCAUCGAGUUUCUUGAGUCUCAAUAUUCUAUUCUAUGUUAAAAUUUAGAUAAGAAUGUUUUUAAUUUUUGAAUAAUUAAUUGAAAUAUAUUUUUUAACACACAUACAUAUAUAAAUUUCAUAUUAUUACCGUAUCAAUAUUACCGUCAAUAAAAUUAAUUUCUGCAUCCAAAAAGGUCCUCUAACAUCCAUACAAAUAUUUCUGAAAGAAAAGAAAAUUUUUCAAAUCUAGAUAAAAAUUGUUCUUAGAUACUAUAACUACUUAUAAUUAAGAUUAUUCGCGAAAUUAACUAAAAAAUUAUCAAUGGAUCCGCCUCCCUUUUACCACAAGAUCCUCGAUUCUUGGCCAGUUUGGCCGCAAAUUUUCUAUCAGAUAGACAACCCCGUAGAUUAGCCGCAGGUUCGAACGACAAAAUCCCGCGCGCUUUAGUUCUCCAAAAAUAAGUUAGGGAGCGUUCACUCGUCUGUCGUGGUUUUUGUACACAUUCUCGAACGAGAACGGGGGAAAUAUUUAAUUUCCACGUUCGACGACACAGCGAUGAACAAAAUAUAAUUGUGUAGACGUCGGCCUACAAAUGUACGAAUUAAUAUUGCCGGGUAUCAGGAAAACCGUGGUCGAUCCGGUAUUCCGUUUUAAAGGAUGAAGCAUUGCAGAGCUUGAUAGCCCUCGAUCUUUGUGCGGUGAGACGGUAGAUGGCACUCGCGUCUCCUUCGUCUAUAUAUAUAUAUAUGUAUAGACUAUAUAUAACCGAGACGUAGUCAUAUCCUGUUCGAGGCCGUUUCGCUUGGCUCUGCGUCAUGAAUCCUUGCGACGACCACUUCCUGUGCUUCUGCGAGUUAUCAAUUGUACGAGGUGUUCAGGAAAUUUAUUGAGCGAUCUGAAUUUGGCCUUUGUGGAUUCCGUGAAACGAAUUCUUUUCAGUUGAAUACAAAAUAUCAAUCCUUACGACCAGGGAAGAUAUACUUUAAUAGUGAAACCAUCGAAAUCGAAUUGACUUGUUUCGGAUUCGUGUUUUCUGCAAUUGUUAAGAAAUGGAAUAAAUAAAAGUAUGUUUUGACAAAAUCAGAUAGAAAUAAUACUUACUGUUGUUAAAAAUUUAGACUAACCGAUGAUAUGUGAGGAUCGAUUAAUACUGAUCGAACAUUUCGUACAUGUAUAUCAUAUCACGAGUGAAUAUAACAAAUCAUCACUGGAAAGAAAAAAAUUAAAGAGUUUUAAGAUGAAUCGAUUAGCAUUAGUAAACGAUUAAUUAAGAAUUAUAAUUAGAGAAAGUGAAAAAAAGCGUAGUGUGGAGUAAAGUUCUCGAGGAUAUUCUUAAUUUCUUUCUUCUUUCUCCCUUCCUUGCUCAGAUCAAUGAUUUAUUAAGUUGUCCUUAAAAUUUCUUUUCUAAAAUUUAUUUCCUCUAUUUUUUUUUUAAAAAAAGCUUCUAUUUUUAAUACGCAUUUAACAUUUUAUUUUGAUUUACUUAAUAAGAAUUAAUAAGAAAUGAAAAAAUUCUUUUCCUUCAUUUCAAAACAGAAAAGGAUAUUUCAUACAGAGUUAAAAAAAAAAUUUAAAACAUGUUUAUUAAAUGACCCGAUCUGUUAAAGUUUGCUGAUCAUUGGAAUCGAAGAGAACUUUGAGAUAACCUAAUAAAAUACGUAUAUUAUCAAUUAAAAAACCACGUUAUAUAAGAUAAAAGAAAAUUAGAACGAUACGAAGCGAAAAAAGUAUUUAAUAAAAAUCGAUAGCGUGAUUUCAUCAUCUGAAUCCAAUCUUAAAUAGCCUCCCGAUCUAUAUACCGUAUGUAUAUGUAUUGCUCUUAAGAAGAAAAAAAAACAAAUGGAAUCCCGUGUUGUAUGGAUCAAUUAUUGAUUAAUACAUACAUACAUAUAUAUAUAUAUAUUCGUAUAUAUACAUAUAAAUACACGUAUAUACACGUAUCUAUAUGCAUUACACAAAGAACCAAAUUAUCAAGAGAUAAUAUUAUGCGUAUUUAUGCAUAUAAAUAUAUAUAUAUAUAUUUAAUUAUAUAUAGGAAUAGGAUAUCCAAGCGUUCCGACUUAUGCACCUUUUGUAGAUAUAUAUCCGCCUAUCCGUUUUAUGGUACGUAUUUUCCUGUAUAAUUGCAGCGUUUCAAUAAUCGAGCUACGUUUGCGAGAGACGCGGAAUUAUUUCGAAAAAAGAAAGAUAGCUCUGGGUUGUCAGCUACACGCAUUCUAAUAGCCUAUAAAUAUAAAUGUAAUAUUGGAAGAUAGAUGGACCACCUGUUUUAAGUACUCUUGACUCGUUAUUUUCAGAAAAUUAAAUAAUUUAAAAAAAUAAGAGAAAAAAAUAAACGUUGUGAAAGAAUUUUUUAUUUCUACAGAAAAAUUAUUUAUUAUUUGUGAAAUAAUGAAAGAAAGAUUAUUUUAAUCGGAUAAAUUUUAUUAAAGCAAUGAUAAAAAUGGUAAGCAAUAAUAAUGAUAAUUAUUAUCAUUAAAUACAUAUCGAGAGAAAUGAUCCAUCUAUUUUCAAUAUAUUUCCAUCUAUUACCAUAAAUACAUAUGAUCAUGAAGAGAAUAUAUCUCAGCGUACAAAUAGUUAAUGAUCUUAUGGUAACAUCGAUUACGAUACAGAAUCAGAUACGAAAGAAGCGAAGGGUUGUAAUUAUACUUUUAUGACGAGUUAAUUGUUCAUAGUUAGUCGCAUAGUUAGGUAGAGAUCCAAUGUGAUAUAUAUACAUUCAAAAGGUAACUUUGUCUAAAAGUUUUACAAUACGUAUAUAGAAGGAGAAGCCACGACGUCUUAUUGCAAGAUUUGCCGUAACUUCUAUGAACGUUCGUUCAAUUAGAUGUAUACUAUCAUAGAAUAUCGAGCAACGUUUUGAACAAUAUCGUCGGGUUCGCUUUUUGCAACGAUACGAGUUUACUGUCACACACAUACGUAUUAAUCGCAUUUUCGUUGAACGAGCCCGCGUAAUCACAUCAUGACACGGCCUGUAUACUUAUAUUAUAUCUUUGAUGAUAGUCAAAAUAGAAAACAGGAUGAUCUCGAAUGUUUAUGACUACCGUGGAAUAAAGAUCGAGACUACUAUUUUUUAAUUGUGUCAUUUUUCGAAGGAAUCGCGAACAAUCGCUAUAUUAUCGUUUCAUAACGAUCUAUUUCCUCGAGAUUCAAAUAUGAAAUUGCACAAAAAAAGGAGAAAAAUAAAAAAAAGAACAAAUGGGAGAAAAAAAAUGGGAUCAUCACGAGAUCACGCGGGACCAUCAUGGCAGUUCGUUUUUCCGUUAAUCUUUUUCGUAACGAUCUCGUACGUCUUCCAAUCAUCCCACAUACUAAUACCAUUGUAUCUGUCUUGUACCCGUGGGAUCUCCUGUCUUCUUAAAAAACGCUAAAUAAAGAAAGAUCUUAUGAUACGUGUCAAUUUUAUUUCAAUUUUUACCUAUUGUAAUUUUACAUUUUAUUAUUUAUUAUUUAUAUAUACAAAACUCCGAGAAUUUUAUUCACUACAGAAUUUUAUUUUUUAUUGUCAAAUUGUUUCGUUCAGUUAAGUUAGAUUAUUGAUUUCACUUGUUUCAUAUUAAAUUUGACUAAUUUUUAUCGAAAUAUGUUGGAUAUCCUAUAUGAUAUUUUAAGGUUAAAAUAAUUCAUGAGUGAUUAAAAUUAAUCCGAGAUAACUAUAGUAUAUGUUUAAAUAUAUCAUAGAAACAAAUGAAUAAUUUAAAGAAGUAUUUAUAUGUUACUUACCUGUAAAAUUUCGUUUUCGAUUUCGAUCUUGAAAAAUGUACUCAUAAUAAAUUGAAAGGAUCGCGUAUAUUUUCAAAGAAUGCAUAUAUAUAUAUAACGUGACAAAUAAUUUCUAUAAAUAAUAAUUGCUAAAUAAAAUUUAUUUAUUUAUUUAUUUAUUUUUUAUAACAAACGAUCUUUAUAACGGCAAAUCACAAUUAACUCAACAAUACAAAACCGAUUUUAAUAUCGAUAGUUCGAUAGCUAAUAAUUGAACUCGCAAUGUUUAUCACGUGAUUUGAUUUGUAGCAAACUUUACUUAUUUCCGAAGAAAAAAUGAAUCAAGAAUCGAAUGAUAUAAAAAAUAUAAUGAAUAGAAGCAAAAAGUGAAAUCAUCACGAAAUCAAGCGAUGAUAAAAAAUAUAUUAAUAAGAUGUUACGUAAUAAAAGUAUUAUAAUUAUUUAUGUAUAUUAAAAUAACGAAUAGUUUACAAUACGUUUCAUCGAACUGAUAUAGUAAGUGAUAUAAAUUCAUAAAGUUAUAUAAUCAAUCACAGAAUCAAUGAUCGCAAACUGCUUUGAUGUUCAUUUUUUUAAUGUGUUUAAUUUUAUUCUCAAUUGGUACUAUAUGUAAUGCAUCUUGUAUCGAGUUAUUGUAUUGAGGAAUAUAUUUAGCGUGAGAUGCGUAACGUAUGGAUGGAAUGGAUGUAUACAUAUAUGUAUAAUAGAACAUCGAUGAUGUCAUAUAGUAAAAUUGUGUAUUAAUUAUGCAUGUAAGAUGACUAAUUCAAGAAAAAUAAGAAAUAACGAAUUAAAAAAAGAAAAUAUAUGAAUGCAAGAAGAUAUUAAAAUUUUGAAAUAAAUGUAAAAUGCAAGUACGAAAUAAUCUUUAAUAGCAAGCCUAGUAAAUAAAUCUGUGAGAAAAUAAAACGAUUUUGGUACUCAA